AUGGCCGUUCUCAGCCAGAAGACAAAGCCCGCCAGACCGUCUAGAGUAUCGCUCGACGCUCUCCUGGCGAGUCACGGCACAAUACGGAGCCAUCCGACUCCGAGCAUCUCAUCUACUGGUCAUUACAUGCUUUUGGACCUGUCAGGAACCACAAGAAACCUCGCCUAUGUCUGGUGGGUGCCCCUUUGCGGGAUGGACCAUCGAGACGAAUCCGGGGUUGAUCUCGUGGGAGUCCGGAGACAUUCAGGCGGGGAUAGGAAAUAUGGUCACCAGGCUAUCAUGAAAGAACUCGCGCCUGCCGAGGAUAGGGAUGGUAGAGGACUCGACUUCCCGUGGUUAUCGGAUCUCAGGGCGCGAUUCAUAAGUCGUCGGAUCGCAGCUAAGGACAUGAUACCGACAAACACCAUGGCGGUAGCUGUUGAAUCCAGCAAUAUUGUGCCCCCAGUUGGAAUACCAGACACUGGGCCUGUGAACCCUCCGGCCCAGCGCGAGUCACUUGCUACCCGUGUCGCCCAAAUCUUGCAGAGAGGCGGCGACGCGCCUGCCCUUGCGGAGCGAGAUCGCGAGGUCGUUGGUGAUCCAGAGACGGGUGAAACUUCUCUGAAGCUGUUCCCGUCCUUUCGAACGUUGAGCUUCAAAGACGUCUGGCAACAGGUCCGUGAUGUCGCCUACGACCUUUACUACGAUGCGGACGCCCCGCUCCGUCCCCGUGUUCCUAUCGCAUUCCUUGGAUUCUGUGGCAUUGACUACUCGGUCCUUGAAUUCGCUGGCCAUCUGCUCGGGGCAGUGAUUGCACCGCUUCAGAUUGAUGCUCCACUGUCGACGCUCGAUCCGCUCAUAGCAGAGCUCGAGCCAUUAAUCAUAACCGUCAGCAUCGAGCAGGUGGACAAGGCUGUGGAGCUGGCCGCCAAUAACAAGAUGGUUAAACGUAUCAUUGUCUUCAGCUAUAAUGCUGAUUUGUCUCUUGAACGAUCCAUCUUCGAUGCUGCUCAAGCCAAGCUGACGGCAAGAGGCGUGUCGGCCAAGUUGGAUUCCCUUGACGAUAUCCGCCAGCGCAGGAAGGACUCUCCGGUUCCCCCACUCGAUAUGCCUGAAAAGGGGACAGAUCCGCUGCACCUCCUUGUCUACACAUCUGGAAGUACCGGCACGCCAAAAGGUGCCAUGAUAACACAGCGUAUCAUGCUUCGGAUGUGGAGUCUAGCCUGGUCUCAGCACAACGGGGGUGAAGUCACCCUUUGCUAUUACCCUAUGAACCACAUUCUUGGCCAGUCGUCUGUCGCGGGCUCUCUCGUGUCUGGAGGCAUUUGUUGCUUCACCGCCAAAAGCGACAUGAGCACGAUCCUGGAAGAUCUUGCCCUCGUACGACCCACCAAGUUUACCAUUGUUCCUCGCGUGGGGGAGAUGAUUUACCAGUGGUAUCUAGACGAGUACAGCCAAAGGUUGAAGAACGGCGCCGAUCCCAAGACCCUGGAGUCGGACCUCAAAGUCGAACUCCGAGACAAAGUCAUGGGAGGACGUAUCAAAAGCGCCUUGGUCGCGGGGGCCAAGUUGAAGGAAAACAUUACAGCGUUCAUGGCGGAAGUUCUGGGCACCUUCAUCGAAUUUGGAUACGGCGGAACAGAGAUGGGGGUCGUGUGCGCCAGGACAAAAGUCCAACGGCCUCCAGUGAUUGACUGGAAGCUGGAGGAUGUACCAGAGAUGGGCUACUAUACCAGCGACAAGCCGUACCCCCGUGGCCAGUUCCUGCUCAAAUCUGAAAGUGUGGUAGCCGGAUACUUCAAGCGCCCAGAUCUCAAUAGCAAGGUCUUCACCGAAGAUGGCUACUACAUCAGUGGUGACAUCCUGGCCCAGGUUGGACCCGACGAGCUGAUCUUCCUCGAUCGCACAAACAAUGUCCUCAAGCUUUCUCAGGGCGAGUUCGUGGCGACCCAACGAUUGGAAUACAUCUUUGCCGACAAGAUUCCCGAAAUCCGACAAAUCUACAUCUACGGUGAGAGUGAUCAAGCCUACCUCGUCGGCGUCAUUGUGCCUUCAAAGGAAGCACUGGAAGAAUUCGGCAGCAAUUUGGAUGAGCUCAAAGUGAUCCUCCACCAAAAGAUCAAGGAUGUAGCCAAGGAGGAAGGCCUCCUCCCAUACGAGAUCCCUCGUGACUUCAUUAUCGAAACCACGGCCUUCAGCUACAAUAAUGGCCUGUUGUCGAAUCUUCUCAAAAACCUCUACCCGAAGCUCAAGAUCAAGUAUAGGGAUCAGAUGCGAGCCCUUUACAGCAGCUUGGCUGCAAAGCAGCAUGAAGAAUUGCAGUUGUUACAAAGUUCUGCGGACAAUCUCCCGACACUGGAGAUUGUUUGCAAGGCGGCACAAUUGGUGCUAGGAGACACAUUGACAGACGUCGAUCCAGACUCGUUGUUCUCCGAAAAUGGUGGCGAUUCUAUCUCAUCGCAUACCUUUUCCAAGAGACUGCAGUCGCUCUUCAACAUCGAUAUCCCGCUGAGCGUCAUCGCCAAUCCUGCAAACAGCUUUAGAAACAUCGCCGACUUCGUCGACCAAGCAAAGGCCCAAGCCAAAGACAAAUCCCUGUUUGAGGUGCUUCAUGGCAAGAAUCCCACAGUGGCCAAGGCAACCGACUUUACCCUCGACAAGUUCAUUGACGCUGAGGUUCUCGCAAAAGCUGCACAGACUCCAUUUGUGACUGGACCCAUCAAAAUAGUCUUGCUGACCGGAUCCACUGGGUUCUUGGGCCGGUUCAACUGUCUCAAAUGGCUUGAACAUCUUGCCCCCGUCGGAGGCAAGGUGAUCUGCAUUGUGAGAGGGAAAAACAACGCCGAUGCCCGACAGCGGCUUGAGGCUGCAAUCGAUACCGGCGAUAAAGCCUUGCUGGAACAUUUUAAUCAACUCGCUCGCGAUCACCUUGAAGUGCUCGCAGGGGAUCUCGGUCAGACCCAUCUUGGACUCGACUCGGAGACCUGGCAGCGCUUGGCCGACUCGGUUGACCUGAUCUUCCACUCGGGCGCCCUGGUUAACCAUGUGCUCCCAUACAGUGAGCUAUUCCACCCCAACGUGAUUGGCACGGCAAACCUGAUUCAGCUGGCCAUCACCACUCGCCGAAAGCGCUUCGUUUAUGUGUCGACUCUGGCAGUGGUCGGCCGUGAGGACCAACUCGACGAGAAUGCCGAUGUGCGAGUUGCCAUUCCAGAAGUCCCGAUCGACCAGUCACAUGCAAACGGAUACCGAGUGAGCAAAUGGGGAGGGGAGGUGCUCUUGAGAAAUGCCCACGAUGCGUUUGGCUUGGCGAGCACCGUCUUCAGGAGUGACAUGAUCUUGGCCGACCGCAAAUAUGCCGGACAAAUCAACGUUCCCGACAUGUUCACCCGACUCUUGAUCAGUCUGAUCUCGACCGGAAUCGCGCCCGCCUCCUUCUACCCCAUUGGCCCGGAUGGCCAGCCACAGCGCGCGGUGUACGGCGGGAUCCCGGUGGACUACCUUGCCGAAGUCACCAACGGCAUCGCUCUGGCCCGUGAAAGCGGAUAUCAGACCUAUCACGCCCGGAACCAGGAGGCCGGAGGCGGAUCCCUCGACACCGUCACCGAAGGGCUCGAACAAAGCGGCAUCAAGAUCCAACGCAUCCCGGACUACGACGACUGGUUCACGCGCUUCUCGGCCGGCAAUCGUGCCCUGCCGAAUGGCGUGCGGCAGCGCUCUUUCCUCCCUCUUCUUCGAUCCUUUGCGAAGCCGAAUCACGGCAUCCAAGCCCAAUCUACGGAUGAAUUCCGCAAGGCUAUCCAGAACGCUCCAGAAUGUCCCGAAAAGACGAUCCCGGGCAUUACUCUGGAUAUAGUAAAGAAGUACGUCUCCGACAUCAACCACCUGCAACUACUUCAGUGA